UUCCCAAUUGGAUUGGAGAUUUCAAUGGAAACAGUUAGAAAUGUUAUGGGAGAUUUCGUCCUCGAAGAGAUCCUCGUAGAAAAAACUGGAUUCGAAACCGAUAACGAAAGUCGAUCCAUCGCUGAAGUUGUCAUUCAAGGAGUUAUGCCCUCAACACAAAAAUUCAUGAAGGUGCACGAUGUACACAAAUUAGCGAAACAACUGGAAUACAUUGUACUGGCGAUGUCGCCACAUUUUAGUAGUAAGCCAGGAACUUAUUAUUCUGAUGCUUUGUUCUUUUUGUCACUGGGAUUGCAUCAAAUUGCUCCGGAAAAACAAAAAUUAGUAGUAAUGCUGGACGCAGAUACAAAAUUCAGGAGCGACGUCAGAGAUCUCUUUGAGGAAUUCAAACAUUUUGGUCCACAAGCGCUCUUUGGAUUAGCACCGGAAGUAACACCUGUAUAUCGACAUGUUCUUUGCUCAUACAGAAAUCAAAAUCCAAAAACCAUUUUUGGAGAGCCUAUUUCUCUGGUUGGUUAUCCAGGCUACAAUAGCGGAGUGGUGCUUUUUCAAUUGGAGAAAUCAAGAAAGUCCCCUGAGUGGGAUCAAAUAAUCAGUGAAGAUAUGGUUAAUCACACGACUGUGAAAGAAAUAUAG